GUUGAGAAUCUUAUUCUCAUACGCCCAUCUUAUUUACACACAGACACGUACAACGGCACCAUUCACUCUCAACUGGGGUAUCAUCUCUACUUGUGACAUCUCCACUACCUUCGCCCACGACCUUGUCGUCGACCCGGCCUGCCAUAACAUUAAGAAUGUCAACCACCCAAGAUCGCCGCUGUCGGCUCCUGCUCCGUCUAUUCCGCUCAAUCGUUCCUUGACAAGCUCAAUGAAAGCUGCGAGGGGAAAUCAUGGGCUUGGGGACUGAGGAAUGGUGUUCCCGGUAGUGCCAAACCGAGGGGCACUUACGAGGAAAUAUACAACGAUCCUGAUGUUACAGCCGUCUACGUAGGCACCCCACAUGUCCUCCACCACCGUAACGCAAAAGGCGUUCUGUUGGCUGGUACACACGUCCUCGAGAAGCCUGCUUAUUUCGAAGUCGAAGCGUUGGACGAGUUGAUCAAGAUUGCUAAGGAAAACAAAAUCUUUAUGGAAACUGUGUGGACUCGAUUCCAACCCACCGCCUACGUCGUUGAAGAAGUCAUCAAGUCCGGUAUUCUCGGUAAACCCAAGCGUUUUUUUGCCGAUUUCUCCAUGGGCUGGGACAUAGGCGUUUCGGCCGACACCAGCCAAAUGGUCAACCCAGCUCUCGGCGGUGGCUCGCUCCUUGAUAUGUCUGCCUACCCAUCUGUCUGGACCAUGCUCCUCGUCCACGGCCACCCUCUCAACGCCGAUAAACCCCAAGGUGGUCUUCACCCAUCAAACUAUUUACCCUCGUUCUGGAGUAGAUAUCAAUUCGAGGUGAUUGGUGGAGUGGAAGGGGCUUUGCCAGGGAAUGUUGAUGCCGAUUUGGAUAAUGCCGGACAGAAGAAUUUGGCCGCGGUUUUGCAGUGUGAGGAAGGAGAUUUGGUUGUUGCCUACCCCGCUUUCCAAUUCGAGACAUUCUAAUCCAUCCCCGAACCCUUCCGCUUUCCCGGCCCCAAAGGACCAUCACUUCCAUCAUUCACCACCAUCCUCUUCAUGAUGGGAACAAUGGGAUGUCAUACGAAGCAGACGAGGUUGCGAGGUGUAUUAGGGAUGUGAAGAUUGAGAGUGAGAGGAUGCCAUGGGAGGAGAGCAAGGUGGGGCAGGGGUGGAUUGAUAAGGUGAGGAAGGAAUGGCCGAGCGAGACUGCCAAGUUGGCGAGGACUGCUGGGCAAUAGAGUAGGAAGCGGCAAGUGACAAGUGACGCAAGGUCCUUGUGAGAUAUAUCAAAAGCAGAAGGCGAAAGCGAAUAUGCAGACAUCAAUGUUUACUGCCCCAUCAUCUAGGCUGUAUAUAUGUUGUGACUUCCAGCUUUCAAAUCAUUGAUUGCUUCGGCUUGAUAAAUCGAUUAACAAAGAAUGGCUUGUAACUUGUCUCGGAAACAAGUCUGACUUGUAACUUGAAUCCAAUCUUUUUUUCUACCUUCUCCUGCGCCUAAUCAACAUUUACAACAAGG